AUGGCUCGAACUAAACAGACUGCGCGUAAGUCCACUGGCGGCAAGGCGCCGCGCAAGCAGCUGGCCACCAAGGCGGCCCGCAAGAGCGCGCCGGCCACGGGCGGCGUGAAGAAGCCGCACCGCUACCGGCCCGGCACGGUGGCCCUGCGCGAGAUCCGCCGCUACCAGAAGUCCACGGAGCUGCUGAUCCGCAAGCUGCCGUUCCAGCGGCUGGUGCGUGAGAUCGCGCAGGACUUCAAGACCGACCUGCGCUUCCAGAGCUCGGCCGUGAUGGCGCUGCAGGAGGCGUGCGAGGCCUACCUGGUGGGGCUCUUCGAGGACACCAACCUGUGCGCCAUCCACGCCAAGCGUGUCACCAUCAUGCCCAAGGACAUCCAGCUUGCUCGCCGCAUCCGCGGAGAGAGGGCCCUUGGUGCCCUCGGACACGGCGUGCUUGGCCAGCUCCCCGGGCAGCAGCAAGCGCACGGCCGUCUGGAUCUCCCUGGAGGUGAUGGUCGAGCGCUUGUUGUAAUGCGCCAGGCGCGACGCCUCUCCUGCGAUGCGCUCGAAGAUGUCAUUAACGAACGAAUUCAUGAUACCCAUGGCCUUGGACGAGAUGCCGGUGUCCGGGUGGACCUGCUUCAACACCUUUGUUUGAAAUCUCUCAUUAUGGCUCGUACUAAGCAGACUGCUCGCAAGUCCACCGGCGGCAAAGCGCCGCGCAAGCAGCUGGCCACCAAGGCGGCCCGCAAGAGCGCGCCGGCCACGGGCGGCGUGAAGAAGCCGCACCGCUACCGGCCCGGCACGGUGGCCCUGCGCGAGAUCCGCCGCUACCAGAAGUCCACGGAGCUGCUGAUCCGCAAGCUGCCGUUCCAGCGGCUGGUGCGCGAGAUCGCGCAGGACUUCAAGACCGACCUGCGCUUCCAGAGCUCGGCCGUGAUGGCGCUGCAGGAGGCGUGCGAGGCCUACCUGGUGGGGCUCUUCGAGGACACCAACCUGUGCGCCAUCCACGCCAAGCGUGUCACCAUCAUGCCCAAGGACAUCCAGCUUGCUCGCCGCAUCCGCGGGGAAAGGGCAUAAAUU